AUGCCCGAAGACAACCCCGCAUCCACGCUCACGGCCGAGCAGCUCCCGGAGCUCCUGAAAGAUGACUUGGCAGUCAAAGUCGCCGGCAUAGACGUCGACGGCAUGCUGCGCGGCAAGCUCAUGGCCAAGAAGAAGUUUCUCUCCAUUGCAAAAGAGGGGUUUGGGUUCUGCAGCGUCAUUUUUGGCUGGGACAUGCACGACCAGACAUACUUCAAGGAACUCGGCAUAUCAAACAAGGAGAAUGGCUACCGCGACCUGAUUGCUGUACCCGACCUGUCGAGCUUCAGGAGGAUACCGUGGGAGGACAAUGUGCCUUUUUUCCUCAUCAGCUUUCACGACCCAGACACACGCGCGAGCCUGAGUGCGUGUCCGAGGAGCCUGUUGAUGCGUGCCGUGGACAAGCUCAAGCAGAAUGGCUACGGCGCCAUGGCUGGAGCCGAGUACGAAUUCUACCAAUUCCGCGCACCCCAAUCCCACGAUGGGACAGAGAGAAACACUUCGAGUACCGCAGCGUUCCUCCGCAACAACCCAGUCAACUCGCUGCCCAGCUUGACAGAGGGCAUGUUUGGCUACAGCAUAACGCGACCCGUCCACAACCAGGACUACUACUACGGCAUCUUCGACGCCUGCGCAAAGUUCAACUGCGGCAUCGAAGGAUGGCACACUGAAUCCGGGCCCGGCGUAUUCGAAGCCGCUCUCGAAUUCGGCGAAAUCUCCCAAAUGGCAGACAAAGCCUCCCUAUUCAAACUCGUCGUCAAAUCUCUCGGUUCAAAACACGGCAUCACGCCCUGCUUCAUGGCCAAGCCGCGCGAAGGCCUACCCGGAAACAGCGGCCACAUGCACGUCUCCAUUGUCGACAAGGCCAACAAAAACCUCUUCGCGCGCGAGACCGAAGACAAGGACGCGAAAUACCCGGACAUUGCGUUUUUGUCUGAUCUCGGCCGCCACUUUCUCGCGGGCUUGAUCGAUGGCCUACCAGACAUCAUGCCCAUCCUCGCGCCCAAUGUGAACAGCUACAAGCGGCUGGUGGAGAAUUUCUGGGCGCCCGUCACCGUGUCGUGGGGUCUGGAACAUCGCGCCGCGUCGAUACGCCUGAUUGCCCCUCCCACCGCCAGUGCGAAAGCUACGCGCUUCGAGGUCCGCGUGCCCGGCGCAGACACCAAUCCGCACUUCGUGCUCGCGGCCAUUCUGGCGCUCGGCUGGCGCGGCAUCGAGAAGAAGAUGGAGAUAUCAAUCCCGCCGCUGGGUAAAGGCGAGGAUGUGGGCGGCGCGGCGGAUAAAGGCGAGAGGCUGGCGAAGAGCUUGAAAGAAGCGACGGAGCGGUUUAUGCGCAAGGAGAGCGUUGCGCGGGAGGUUUUUGGCGACGAGUUUGUUGAUCAUUUUGGGGGGACGAGGGAGCAUGAGAUCCGGCUUUGGGAUGAGGCGGUUACCGACUGGGAGGUUAGGCGGUAUAUUGAGACGGUGUAG